CUGUCCAAGAGCACGAACAGAUUCGUGAAAACAUGGAAGACACAAAUGUAUUCCCUGUAAGUCCUUCACCUUUUGGAAUAUCUGAUGCCAAAGUGAAUAUUUUAAGAGUUAGGUUUACAAAAGAUUUUGCAAAAACAGUUUCCGAUCGCCUCAGUUUAAACGAUACGUACACGAAAUAUCCGGUGUUUGUUGAUGCGGUUGACGGAAAAAAGCUAUUCGCCACAAUGAACGAUGUUUCUGAAAAGCUCGGAGAUGUCUCCCAUUUCUUCUUCUCGCCUGCACUGAUUAACAUCUAUGAUCUGGAAGAAUUUGAUUUUGAAGACAUGCUACACUAUUUUGCAUAUUCUGGUAGUGCAGUUGGUCUUAUGGAUCUUCUAGACAGCUCUACGAGGUUGAGAAAUCUGAUUUUUAGUUUUAUUGCAGCUCAUGAGCCGAUUUUGCAGCAAUGGAUCUAUUUUGCAAGGAAAUUCAAAAAUCCAUCUUCAUUGAGGGCUUUGAGGCGUAUAAAGGGGGAAUUCAAGGAUAGCACCAAGUACAAUUUUACAAAUCUUGCUAUAAAAACAAGUAUUUCUCAAGGGAAAUUGCACCUCAAAAUAUGUGCAAAGGACUCCAAAAACCCCUUCGAUCUGGAUCAGUUUAAUUUGCCUUUGCUUCCUAGUCGUGACAAAACUUGUAAGAGAAUCAAAGUUGAAAAUGACGAAGAGGCCUGA